AAUGUAAUAGGUUGGUGUGUAGGUGUAGUAGAUAUGCUAUUUUCCAAAUUGUAACUCCUACUAUCACUACUUGGUAACUAGGGUAGGUGUAGCACAAUGACCCUAUCUCAUUUGAGUUGAGAAACUUCUUAGUACUUCAAUAAGCACUCACUUGCAAUUGCAAUAAAAUGUAAGUAAGUUCUUUGUUCUUAUUGAAUUUUACAAAUACCUAAUUCCAUCUAAGAUACCUGUAAUAAGUUUUAUUCCAUUGUGUAACGAAAAUAAAACAAAAGGACAUCGAUGUGAUUCGGACUUUUACAACACUUUCAUUGGUCUGGCAAGAGGCAAGGAAAAAAAAUCAAAACGUCAAAAAAAGUUAGGUUGUUUAUUUACAAAGUCAAAUAGAAAUUCGUAUAAGUAAAAAUGUUAAAAAACGAUUUGGUAUUUAUAUAUUACAAUUCAUGCGGAAUUUGAAGAAACAGAAUCAAAUCAAGAUUUUAUACGUCGUCGCUUUUCGAAAGUAGCAGGAUUUCGAGUACGAAACGAAGUUAAAUUUUAUUGAUAAGUGAGUACUACUUGCAUGAGUACAAAAUGAGUACCAAAUUAAGAAUGUUUACAAGGAUGAUGUCCUCGAGUACAAGAGUGCCUCAAGUUUGCAUUGUUGGGGCGGGCCCCGCGGGUUUCUACGCGGCCAUGCGUCUGACCAAGAAGCUCGCCAACGUCCACGUAGAUAUCAUAGAGAAGCUGCCUGUGCCCUUCGGACUGAUAAGGUACGGAGUCGCGCCAGACCAUCCCGAGGUCAAAAACGUCAUCAACCAGUUCACUAAAGUCGCCCAACAGGAUAACGUGAAUUUUUAUGGAAAUAUUACAGUUGGUAAAGAUGUGACACUGCCUCAGUUAAGACAAAAUUACGACGCUGUUUUAUUGACGUAUGGCGCUGAAGAAGAUAAGGAAUUGGGUAUUCAAAAUGAAGAUGCUAGGAAUGUGAUUGCAGCAAGGAAUUUUGUUGGAUGGUAUAAUGGACUUCCUAGUGAUAAAGACCUUCAAGUAGACUUAUCGAAUGACACUGCUGCUGUUCUCGGACAGGGGAAUGUAGCACUAGAUGUUGCCAGAAUACUGCUGUCACCAAUAGACAAGUUGAAGAAAACAGACAUAACACAACAUGCACUUGAUGCUUUAGCUGAAUCUAAGAUCAGAAACCUAUAUUUGAUUGGACGUAGAGGCCCUUUGCAGGUAGCUUUUACGAUUAAAGAAUUACGAGAGCAGCUGAAGAUGAAGGAUUGUAGCACAAUUUGGAGAGAGAGCGACUUUGCAGGUGUUGCAGAUGUAGUAGCUAAUCUUCCUCGUCCACGUAAACGACUGACGGAACUUAUGCUAAAAUCUUUAGAAGAGAACAAAUUAAAGAAAGAGGACACAAAUAGUAAAAGAUUAUAUCCAAUAUUUCUUCGAAGCCCUAAUAAAUUUAUAACUGAUAAAGAUAAUGUAGUAAAAGGGAUUGAACUAUUUGAAAAUAGAUUGUAUGGGAAAGGCAAUGUUGAAGAGCAAAAGUGUGUUUCUACUAAUGAAAUGGAGUUACUAGAUUGUGGUUUAGCUUUGAGAAGUAUCGGAUAUAAAAGUGUCAGUAUUGAUGAGGAGCUAGAGUUACUUCCUCAGGGGAUGGUGAAUAAUGAUAAAGGAAGGAUUUGGGACGCCCAUCCUCGGCUGGCUAAGAUGUAUGCAGCGGGAUGGUUAGGAACUGGGCCUGUCGGAGUAAUACUUCACACCAUGGGCAAUGCAUUUCAAGUUGCUAACAUGAUGUAUGAAGAUCUUAGCAAGUUACCGAGGAGCAGAGCCCGAGGUGGAUUCGAAGAAAUUAAAAGGAUCUUACGGAAUGAAAUUGUUGAUUGGGAAGGUUGGAGUAAGAUUGAUCGAUAUGAGAUAGAGCAGGGUAAGAAAAUGGGCAAGCCGAGGGAGAAAAUUUGUGAUAUUGGCAAAAUGAUGGAAAUUGCUUAUUCUUAAUGACGCUAUGGAUUCUAUAAAGAAUGAUUUUUAUAAAUGCAAUAAAAAUAGUUUACUUUGAACUUACUUCUUAUGUUAUUUGUUGAUAAUUAUAAUUAGAUCAAUUUUACAUGUAUUAUUCUAAAAGUUAUUAUAUUUUUGUUAAUAACA